GAUGCUCGCACCCUCUCAGCAGCGGUAUGAGGUUACAGUUUAUGAUGUUCACUUGUUUGCUUUCGGUUAAUAAGUGUGCACACACAUUCCUUUUUCUCCUUUCUGUCCACGCACACAGACAGCGACCCAUUAGUGUAGUGUGUGCAUUCCUGCCUCUCUUUCACACACACGCCCAUGUAACACCCUCCUCCUCCUCCUCCCUCGAUUCAUUUUCCCUUCUGUCUGUGUCUCUCGAACCCUCACUGUUCUCCUGAGCUCCAUCUGUUUCUCUCUUCCCUUCAUCCCACAUGCACUUCUCUCACUCUCCUCCUCCUUAUGCUGUCUCUCUCUCUCUCUUUCUGUCUGUCUGUCUCCCUCUGUCUGUCUGUCUCUUUAAUUCUCUCUCUCGUCGCUUAUGAACACAAGAAUACUCUUGACAUGCUGGAGAUGAGUUUAAGUGGGCAUCUGGAGAGCCUCCUGUUUCCGCCUCCUCGUGUUGCUUUACUACCAUGAGCAGUUCCACUCCAUCCACAGCUAAUGGCACUGAUGAUAAAAAGUAUAAAGGAGAACGAUCUCCUUGUGACCCCUCCCGUGUCCUCCACAUCCGCCGAGUUCCCAUUGAAGUUUCCGAGGCAGAGGUCAUCUCACUAGGAGUCCCUUUCGGCAAAGUCACCAACCUGUUGAUGCUUAAAGGGAAAAACCAAGCUUUUAUAGAAAUGGCUUCUGAAGAAGCAGCAAUCACCAUGGUCAACUACUACACCACAGCCACACCCCAUGUCCGCAACCAGCCCGUCUACAUCCAGUAUUCCAACCACCGUGAGCUCAAGACUGAUAAUCUGCCCAAUCAGGGGAGGGCUCAGGCUGCUCUGCAAGCUGUCAGUGCAAUGCAUUCUGGGAAUAUGACUCUCUCUGGGACUGCGACAGCCAGUGAUGGUGGAAUGAUGCCCGGACAGAGUCCUGUGCUUCGUUUAAUCGUAGAGAAUCUCUACUACCCAGUGUCUCUAGAAGUGCUACACCAGAUCUUCUCAAAAUUUGGAACGGUCCUGAAGAUCAUUACCUUCACCAAGAACAACCAGUUCCAGGCCUUGCUACAAUAUGCAGAUCCAAUGAACGCACAUCACGCCAAAAUGGCUUUGGAUGGGCAGAACAUCUACAACGGCUGCUGCACUCUGCGUGUUGAAUUCUCCAAGCUGACCAGUCUGAAUGUGAAAUACAACAACGACAAGAGCAGGGACUUCACACGUCUAGACCUACCCUCAGGGGACGGGCAGCCCACGCUGGACCCCAGCAUGCAGACCGCUUUUGGGGCUCCUGGGAUAAUUUCUUCUCCAUACCCCGGGGCGGCUGGUUUCGCCCCUGCUAUCGGUUUCCAUCAGGCAGGUCUGUCUAUGCAGACGAUGCCUGGUGCUCUGGGACCUCUCACCAUCCCUUCAUCAGCAAUGACAGGACGGAUGACCAUCCACGGCAUGGCCCCCACCACCAUCCACUCUGUGCUCCUCGUCUCCAACCUCAACCCCGACAGCAUAACACCACACGGGCUCUUCAUUUUAUUCGGAGUGUAUGGAGAUGUUCACCGAGUCAAGAUUCUGUUCAACAAGAAAGAGAAUGCCUUAAUACAGAUGGCAGACGCCACGCAAGCCCAGCUCGCCAUGAGCCAUUUGAACGGUCAGCGUCUGUAUGGUAAGGUGAUCCGUGUGACCAUCUCAAAGCACCAGACGGUGCAGCUCCCCAGGGAGGGUCAGGAGGACCAGGGCCUGACCAAAGACUUCAGUGGGAGCCCGCUGCACCGCUUCAAAAAGCCCGGCUCCAAGAACUUCCAGAACAUCUUCCCUCCCUCUGCCACCCUGCACCUCUCAAAUAUCCCUCCCUCCACUACGGAUGAUUUUCUGAAAGACCUGUUUGCCAGUUCUGGAUACACAGUCAAGGCCUUCAAGUUUUUCCAGAAGGACCGCAAGAUGGCGCUGAUCCAGCUGGGUUCGGUGGAAGAAGCCAUCCAGGCUCUUAUCGACCUCCACAACCACGACCUGGGGGAAAACCACCAUCUGCGAGUGUCCUUCUCCAAAUCCACCAUCUAGCACCCCCUUCACUACAAACACACCCUUUCCCCAUCCUCCCCAUACCAGCCCUUCUACCUUCAGCAGUCUGACUGUUUCGUUCAGAGAAUAAGACUGACUGACAAACUAAAAAAACAUUACAGAUAUUCAUGGGGUAGUUUUAGAGAUUUCCAAACAAAAAAA